GUGUUCUGUUGCCAUUCAAAUCCUGUAGCUUCAUAUGCAUGCCUUGCACUGCAAAAUCCUAAACUAAAAACUGAAAUCUAUAUUAAGUGUUCUCUUUUAAAACCCUUUUAGGUCAAUCAGGAAUGGCUGCUGCAGAAAUUCCCACUUAUAUUGUUUCUUCUCAGACUGAGAAGCACAGGAGGGCCAGGAAUUGGACUGAUGCAGAAAUGAGGGGCUUAAUGCUGGUUUGGGAAGAAUUUUUUGAUGAAUUGAAACAAACUAAAAGGAAUGCCAAAGUUUAUGAGAAAAUGGCUAACAAACUCUUUGAAAUGACUGGAGAAAUUCGACAUGGAGAAGAAAUAAAGAUAAAAAUUACAAACAUGACAUUCCAGUACAGGAAAUUAAAAUGUAUGACUGAUAGUGAAACGCUUGCACCUGAUUGGCCUUACUUUAAAACCAUUGAUAGAAUACUCUCUAAAGUGUCAGAGCACAAUGAUGUGAAAAUGCAUGACAGUCAGCUGCCAGGUCCUUCAACAUCCCAGACUGAGGCAUCACAGUCACCAUCUGCCAAGUCUACUCCACUCUAUUUGCCUUAUAACCAGUUCACAUAUGAAGGGAGAGAAGAAUUUUUUGAAGAUGAGCAUUCUGAGAGCUCUUCCAGCUUACUUUCUUAUAAGUUAAGAGCUGAAGAGAGACCCGUAAAGAAAAGGAAAAUGCAGAGUUGUAGCUUUCAAAAGAAGAAACUAAAGCUAAUGGAAGCAAUGCUAGAGGAACAAAAGAAACUGAGUAGGGCAAUGGAAGAGACUUGCAGGGAAGUGCGAAGGAUUCUGGAUCAGCAGAACAUCAUCCAAGUUCAGAGCCUGCAGUUGCAAGAGAGAAUGAUGAAUUUAUUGGAGAAAAUGAUAUCUAAAGCCAAUGUUUAGUUUCUUUUGCAGUGCUCCUGAAAAUACAAUAUUUAUCUAUUUUACAAAAAUUGCAUAUCCUAGGAUUGCCUCUUCCUUCCAGGUAAAUAAAAAAUUGUAAUGUAAUUAUGAAGAGUUUAAUCAGUGUAGGAGGUGAGCCAUCUAGACAACUGGGUGUUUCUUAAUGAAAUAAAAUGUGGUAUUGCUUUGUGAAUUUUUUUUCUAGAUUCUAGACAGUUUAUUCGAAUUGGGAUGCUCAAUUUAGGGCACCCAACUAUUUUCUGUUCAAUGACCUUGGAAAUGACAGCACUUCACUCCCAGGGGCAGAUGCAGUCCUCUUCUCAAAGCACA